ACACACCGGUGUUUCAAUUGUUGCAGAGCAGGGCUGCACAGAGCCAAGGACAUUUCAGCUGCUGGUACAGACCUGCCAGUGAGAGGCUGGGGGGACACAAGGAGCUGGGAGGGAACAGAACCAGGACAGCUGACCUAACCUGGCCAAAGGGAUAUUCCGAACCAUUUGGCAUAUAAAACCAGAGAGAAUAGUUCAGGAGGAGAUCUGCAGCGUUGGGACGAUCUGGGCAUCAGUCGUCUGGUGGGCAUGGCGUCAAACACCCAGGAGGAUCAGAAGCAGAGUGGCUCUGCGGAAAUGGGCAAUGCAAGCAAGCUACAGCAGGCAGGGCCGUCUCAGGCAGCAGACAACCGGUGUCCCAUCUGCCUGGACGCCAUCUGCCAAGCUGCCCAUGUGCCCACCUGCUUUCACUGUUUCUGCUUUAGCUGUAUCUGGCAGUGGGCUGCCAUCAAUGCUGUGUGCCCCAUCUGCAGGCAGCCUUUUGACCGCAUCUUGUGCGCGAUGCAAGCAGAUGGUGACUACCAGCAGUACAUGCUCAGCACGUUCACCCAUCACCAGAGGCAUGCAGCCAGGGAGAGGAUGUGGAACAGAUCCCCGCAGCAGCGCUACAACCUGCGCCUGCGUCACAGCAAUGAUCAGUCCAUAGCAGGGAGUACAGAGCCUGCAGGGCCCUCUGGCAUCUCUGCACCCAGCGCCUUCAGAGAGCCAGCCCAGCCGAAUGCUGUGCAGCGCCCACCAAGCCCCGUGGAUGAGCAUCCCAGAAACUUCAGCAUGCUGCUGCUGCGUGCUCGGCUCCUGCGCUUCCUUGAGUUGGAAUAAACAGCCGUAAGCAUUCCAAAGAACAACCGUCUGCAGGAAAUGUUUUCUAGUUCUAUCUCAGCAAUGUGCUUCUUGGAGUGUGUUAUGAUUUUCUUUCCUAGAAUUGCUGCAGCAGAGCAUGUUUUGUUCUUCUGCUCCUGCCUCCCUCUUCUAAGUGCUGGGAGAGGGCAGUCUGAGCCUUGUAAUAAUCAGCCAGGGAAUGUGUCCUGAAGACCUGCUAAUGCAGAUGCUGUAAAGAGUAGCCAUGCUGGUACCUGGAUCCCUAGAGCUUUCUCUAAGCAGGCUGGAGGAAGCCCAAAGCCUCCUAGCAUACAGCUAGACAAAUGCAUAAUGCAACAGGUGAACAACUGCCUGGCGUAUCAAGCUCAAAGGAUGUUACAUCAGGAUGGCAACUAGUCACUAGAGGGGGCUCCCCACUGCUACGUUUUAGGUACUGCUACAUUUCUCUGAUGUUUUCACAAAUGACCUGGAUGCACGAAUUGAAGACAUACUGAGUAACUUUGCAGGUGGCACUGAACUGGAAGGAGCUGUUGACUCUUUAAGGAUAGAGAAGUCUUUCAGAAUUCUUGACGGAUUGAAGGGCUAGGAAAUCACCAGCCUAAUGAAGUCCAACUAGAGCAAGUGCUGGAUUCUGCAGCUGGGCAGUCCUGGUUGUACGUACAGACUCGGAAACAAGAGACUGCAGAGCAGCCCUGCAGAGAGGAAUCUGGCAGUUCUGGCUGUCCACAAGUAGAGCAUGAGCCAGCAGUGUGCCCAGGCAGCCAAAAGGGUCAGCCAUACCCUGGAGUGCACCAGGCCCAUCAUUGCCAGUGGGUGAGGGAAGGGAUUGUCAUGAUCUGCUGUGUGCUGUGCAGUCUUACCUCGAGGACUGUGCAAUUUUGGGUCACAUUGUGAUUUAACACUGGCAGUCAGAUGCUGAUCAUUCACUCUACCCUGGUAGGAUGGGGGCAGAAGAGAAAAAUUGCAAGAAAUCAUGGGUUGAGAUAAAAGCAGAUUAUUAGGUAAAGCAAAAGCUGUGCAUGAAAGCACAACAAAACAAGGAAUUAAUUUGCUUCUUCCCAUCAGGAAGAUGUUCAGGCAGUUCCAGGAAAGCAGGGCUCAUUAUGUGCAACAAUUUCUUCGGAAGAAAAAUGCCAUCAUUCCAAAUGUCCCCCUUUCUCUUUUUGUCUAGCUCUUAAUGGUGAGCAGGAGGCUACGUGGCAUAGAAUAUGCCUUUGGCCAGUUUAGGUCAGCUGUCCUGGCUGUGUCCCCUCCCAACUCCUUGUGUAUACCCUACUUUUUGCUGAUAGAGUGGCGCAAGAAACUGAAUAGUCCUUGACUAAGUGUAAGCACUGUUCUGCAUCAACUGAAAACACUGGUCUGUUAUCAGCAUUAUUUUCAUAAUAAAAUAAAAGAAAUCACAGCAAUGUAUCAGCUACUGUGAAGAAAAUUAACUUUAUUCCGACCAAAACCAUGACAGAGCUACAAUAUAAGAAGGAAAUAAAAUAUUAGAAAGCCUCCAAAAGAGAGCUAUAAAGAUAGUU